AUGGGUACAUUUCUUUCUUUCUGGCAGUGGUGGGAUUGGUCCUGGAACGGCCACGGCUGGUCCGAGAACGGCGACGGCUGGGAGAACGGCAAGCAAGCAGGCGACUGGUCCGGAGACGCACAAAACGCGCCUCACAAGGAGAAGGGAGAGAAGGUCACUGCAGUCCAGGCAGCAUUCGGCAACCUCAAGUGGGGUCCGCCCUUUCAGGAUGACGACCUUUUCCCGGAGGAGCCCAUUCGCCGCGUUCUGGACGAGGGCAUUGUUUGGGAGGAGCGCUGGAUCUCGCCACUGGCCGUGCGCUUCUCUCAGGGCAAGAUCCACCCCUUCUUCCACGAGCGGGGGCCGAUCUCUGAGGUAAAGAUUUGCAGCCGCUAG